ACAUUAUAACAACUCAACGGCGACUCGAUUCUAUGCCAAAUAUUGAAAUUUAAGCCCUAUGUCCUAUUUUCUAGGUUUGAUUUCAAAAAAUAUAUAUUGAAGUAGUGUACGACGUGUGGUCUACGCGUUGUACACUAAGGUCAACUCCGACACGUUUGCCACGCAUUGACCACACGUCGUCCCCGCAACGACUAUGCGUUUGCGACUGACGCGUGACGGGCAACCAUUUGCCAACCCACCCGUCCGCCCCGUGCCUUCCCCCCGCCCGCCAUCAUUCGCUAUAGAAUCGAAAGACGGGGUGCACGUUGAUAAGCGGUACAGUGAUAUUUUUUGUAAAUCAUGCAGAAAGAAAAGUUGAUAGAAGAAGUGCGAAAAUAUCCGCUACUAUACGACCUUAGUGAUUCGAAAUAUAGCGACGUAAAUAAGAAGGAAAAGGCAUGGAAUGAAAUCGCUAUUGUAUUGUCGCAACCAGCGUCAGAAUGUAAGAAGAUAUGGCAAAACUUAAGGGAAUAUCAUAGAAGAGCCAUUAAAAAGAAAGCAACUAAAAGUGGUCAGAGUGCUACUACUAAUAAAAAAUGGCAAUAUGAAACUGAAAUGUCUUUUUUACUACCACAUUAUAAAGAACGGUCUACAGUGACGUCAGUGGACAACACAGAUGAUGGUGAUGAUGAAAAUAGCUUAUCUGCUGCCGAAAUUUUUGCCAAUUUGACUAAUAAUGAAGAAUCUCAGGACUCGUCAAUUACCUCGGAGCGUCCAGAAUCUUCGGUGUCUAUGUACGAAUCAUCUAAAUCAGUGUUUCCUGACAUCCCAAAAACGACACAAACGAAAGAAAUUGCAAGAAACAAAAGAAGAAAACUUGAUUUCUCAAGAAGCGACGAUGUUGACAAGGCGUUAAGUUUGUUAUUGAGCUCCUCAGAGAGUGAGGAGUCAGAAGGCAGCGUUGAUAAUGACCCUGAGUUGAUAAUGACCGAAGAAACGUGGAUAAAUGUAAGAUUGGACCGGAUACAAAGUAAUAAUAUGGAGGAAGAGAAUUUGUUUGUACAAUCGAAACUCUUCACUAACAAACUGCCGGCCAUUAUCAACAGUAAUCGAGACAGGGUAAAGGUCCUAGAAGAUCCAUCGCAACAUCAACCCACGGAGCUAAAGGGAGUUCGCGUCUCUUCAGCGGUGUUGGAGGAUUUGGCAGUCCUACUAAAGUGCAACUCUUGCAGGACUUGA